CCUGCAGAGAAGCAAUGGCGACAGAAUCCCCGCGCCGCCCGAGUCGCUGCACCGGAGGAGCGGUGGUCCGCCCGCAGGCUGUCACGGAACAGUCAUAUAUGGAAAGUGUUGUUACUUUUCUUCAAGACGUUGUGCCACAGGCCUACAGUGGUACUCCUCCAGCAGAAGAAAAGGAGAAGAUCAUUUGGGUCAGAUUUGAGAACGCGGAUUUGAAUGAUACAUCAAGGAAUAUGGAGUUCCACGAAAUACACAGCACUGGGAAUGAGCCACCCUUACUGCUAAUGAUUGGGUACAGUGAUGGAAUGCAGGUCUGGAGCAUACCUAUCAGUGGUGAAGCUCAGGAACUCUUUUCUGUCCGCCAUGGUCCAGUUCGAGCUGCACGGAUCUUACCAGCUCCACAGAUCAAUGCUCAGAAAUGUGACAAUUUUUCGGAGAAGCGACCUCUCCUUGGUGUGUGCAAAAGCAUUGGAUCUUCAGGGUAAGAAUAUUUUUUUGUGAAUAAAUUUGUAUGUAAAUUGCAAUGUCAUCUGAAAAUGUAGAAGUAAACAAUUAUAUUUUAUAGCUCCGUACUGUUUUUGCUCAUGGAAUAACACUGCAAAUUGCUUUUAAAGUUUUUUUUCAGCGUGUCAGCACAC